AUGGGACCAGCCAUUGUAGACAUCCAACCAGCCAAGCUGCUCAGCAGCAAAGACCACCUUCUCCCCGGCCAACUCAAGAUCACAACCUUCUUCUUCCAAGUGCCCCUCGACUAUGAGAACCCCUCCGCGGGGUCCAUCCAACUCUACGCCAGACGAGUCACAAAGCACGAGUCCCCCAUCUUCCCACCAGACGAGGAAGAUGCCCAGAAGAACAUCAAGCCCUACAUGAUCUACCUAGAAGGCGGCCCUGGGUUCGGUAAUCGCGGCCCGGCAGAUCACCCCGUCACGAGGGCCGCCAUUCCCCGUGGCUACCAAGUCCUAUACAUCGACCACCGGGGCACUGGCCUCAGCACACCUGUUUCGACAGCCAUGCUCGCCAAGGUUGGUGAUGCGGACGCCCAGGCCAGAUACCUGCGUCUGAUGCGUCAGGACAACACCGUCCGGGACUGCGAGGCCGUUCGAAAGCUCCUGACGGCAGGCUGGCCUGAACAAAAGACCCAAUGGUCUACAUUUGGCCAAUCCUACGGCGGAUUCAUCACCCUGUCGUAUCUGUCCAUGCAUCCAGAAGGUGUGCGAGAGUCAUUUCUAACAGGCGGUCUCGCACCGGUUGGAAAGACGGCCGAGCAGGUCUACGACGCGACGUUCCGCAAGACCUCUGAACGCAACGAGCAGUACUUUGCCAAGUUUUCCGAGGAUGCUGACGUCCUGCGCCAAAUCGCAAAUUACAUCGAGAGCCAGGGCGGCAAAAUCCCCCUACCCGCGGGCGGAUUCCUAACCCUCCCACGUCUUCUGACCAUCGGCAUUGCGUUUGGUGGCCACGGUGGUUUCGAUAAUGUUCACAACAUGCUCACUGCGUUGAAGACGUCUCUGGACCAGUUUGGCUUCUUUUCUCGCGCUGCUCUUGCACCCUUCGAGACGAUUACCCCGUUCGACACGAAUAUCAUUUAUGCUAUUCUUCAUGAGGCCAUUUACUGCGAUGGCCCGCAACCGUCCAACUGGGCGGCUAAUCGUGUUGGUAGAGCUCGCAGUGGUCCCUUUUCGUGGCUCAACCCGGACUUUAGUGUGGCACAGUCAACAGAACCGCUUUACUUUAGCGGCGAGAUGAUUUUCCCCUUCCACUUCGAUACAUACCCCGAGUUGAUACCCCUUCGAGAAGUUGCGGAGAAGUUGGCGGCGUACAGAGACUGGCCGGCCUUGUACGACCAGGACCGUCUGCGUAGUAACAACGUUCCCCUGUAUGCGGCUUCCUAUGUGGAGGAUAUGUAUGUUGAGUAUCACCUGGCGAGGGAUACGUCCAAUAUGGUCAAGGGGAGCAAGGUGUUUGAGACGAAUGUCAUGUAUCAUAAUGCUGUGAGGGCCAAGGCCGACGAGGUGAUGCACCAGCUUUUCAGCUUGAGAGACGAUGUAUUGGAUUAG